CACCGAAACACUGGACCAGUUUGCCUGCAUUCCAGACAGCGUCAUCAGUCCCUAGCCCAGCCACUCUACGGUAGGUACACCAGCUCAGAACAAGCACACAUCUCUCCAUCAUGGCUGCCACCUGGACCCUGGAGGACGACAUGUCCUGCCCUGUGUGCUGCGAUGUUUUCACAGACCCUGUGGUGCUGGGCUGCAGCCACAGCUUCUGCAGGAGCUGCCUGGACAGCUACUGGAACACUCAGGUCAUCAAAAAGUGCCCCGUCUGCCGCCACCAUUCCCUAACCGACGCUCCACCCAGUAACCUGGCUCUGAGGAACAUCGUGGAGACCUUUGCGAGGGAGAGGAGCCACAAUACCACCAAGCAGGAGGAGACGAGAGAGGGGGAGAAGGAGAGCCAGGGAAGGAGGAAGUCAGGAGGGAGGAGUGGGUUGGUACGGGAUGGGGAUGAAAGGUGCGGUCUCCAUGGGAAGAGGUUGUUGUUGUUCUGUGUGGAGGACAAGGAGGCUCUGUGUGCGGUGUGUCAGACCUCCAGGAGACACAGGAGCCAUCAGCUCUGCCCUGUGGAUGAGGCUGCUCAGGAACUCAAGGAGGAAGUGAAAGCAUCUAUCAUCCCUCUGAGGAGGAAGUUGGAGACAUUCCAAAAGUUGAAGGAGGAUUGCAUGAAAACAGCAGAACACAUCAAGAGCCAGGCCAAGCAAACAGAAAGGAAGAUAAGAGAGGAGUUUGUGGAGCUGCAUCAAUUCCUGCGUCUGGAGGAAGUUGACCGGCUGUCUGCCCUCUCUGAGGAGGUGGAGAUGAAGACAGUUAUAAUGGCAGAGAAGAUUGAACACCUGGCCAAAAAGAUGACCUCCCUGACCAGCAACAUCAGAGAGAUAGAACAGGAUAUAGAGGCAAACGACCUUCCAUUUCUCCAGGCUUACAAGAACAACACAGCAAGGGCCAACUGUACAUUGCAGGAUCCAGAGCCUGUAUCAGGGGCAUUGAUCGAUGUGGCCCAACACCUGGGCAAUCUGAGGUUCAAGAUCUGGGAGAAGAUGCAGGAGAAGGUGCAAUACACCCCAGUGACUCUGGACCCCAACACUGCGGCCCCCUGGCUCUCUCUCUCAGACGACCUGACCAGUGUGUGCGUCAGGGGGGAGAAGCAUCACGUCCCCAACAACCCAGAGCGCUGUGACACGUGUGUUUGCGUGCUGGGGGCCGACCCCUUCAGUUCCGGCAGUCACUUUUGGGAGGUGGAGGUGGCGGGUAAGACCAGAUGGGACCUGGGGGUCCUGAGAGAGAGUGUGCGUAGGAAAGGGGUCCUGAGUGUGAACCCUGUCCACGGGUUCUGGGCCCUGUCCCUGAGGGACGGCGGCCAGUACAGCGCCUGCACCAUGCCCUGGACCCGUCUCACUCUGAAGAGGAGGCCCAGGAGGGUCAGAGUGUGUCUGGACUAUGAUGCGGGAGAGGUGACUUUCUAUGACCCCACUGACAUGUCACUCAUCUAUACAUUCAGGGACAAGUUUAAAGAGCCAUUGUUGCCCUACCUCUGUCCCUGUGUGAGUGACAGCGGCCGCAAUGCUGAGCCACUAAAGAUAUGCCCUGCCAAAGUGUCAUUGGUUCAUGAUGUUGGUGAUAAAGUUUUGUAGAUUACAAUAUGUAUGUUUUAGAGGAGACAUUGCUAAUGCAUCCAUAUGUCUCACUAUCUAUUAUUAACACAAUGGAGGUAUAUUUUCUAUAUAUAUAUUAUUUGGGUAUAUGUGAAUGGAACAAUUCU